CUUAAAUUACUGAUAUGUGUUAAAUAUCCUUUAAUUAACCUCUAACAUUGGAACUUUGAAAGACGGGGGUUUCACUGAAUGCUUCUUUCUUUCUUGACCACGUCCCCCCCUUAAGUCAACUGAAAUUCACAAAUGAAAUAAACAAGGAACUUUUCGACCAUUCCUGCAAGGAGCGACCGCGUGACUGCAUUUGAAGGACCGGAGCGACGCUUUAAUGCUUUGCAGCAUCCCCUGCUCCUGUUUUGUGGACCGUUCCUCAAUUCUUGCACGUACAGUCUUGAGUGGGAGCAGCGCACACCGACCAAGGUGCUCGUGGAUGAAGCGAAACGCUGGGCUCAGGACUCUGUACAGCGCAAUUCCAGCACUAAUGGAUAUUUCCGGGGCUUUGUUGUACCUUUUCCUUUUUUCCAAACCAGCCGCAGCGAGGGAAUACAAGAUUUUGGCUUUUGGGUCAGAUGAAGACUACCAAAUUGAUAUAAUUAAUGAACUCGACUUGGCAAACGCUACCUAUGGAAUUACCCAAGUGGCCGGACUUCACAACAACAGCAAAGCUUUCAUAUUUCGAGAUGUUGGGAGAGCAGUUCAAGCCCCGGCACACAUCACAGAAAAAGUUGUGCAGCUAUUCCGGAGGAAAAGUGAAUUUACCUUUAUAGCCUCCAUCCAACAGAAGUCCUCAACAUCAGGUGUCAUAUUUUCCAUCCAUGAGUCAGAACACAGCUAUUUUGAACUGGAGAGCAGCGGCGUGAGAGAGGAGAUCCGUUACCACUAUCGCUUUAAGGGCAAGCCCCGCUCCGAGUCCUUCCCCUACCGUCUUGCUGAUGGCCAGUGGCACAAAAUUGCCCUCACUAUAAGCUCCACCCAUCUACUGCUGCACGUCGACUGUAACAGGAUUUACGAGCGGAUUAUAGACCUUCCUCAGAUGGAGCUCACCCCAGGAAGUGGAGUGUGGCUCGGCCAGCACAGCCACAAACACGGCCUAUUCAAGGGCAUUAUCCAGGAUGUGAAGUUUGUUUUUGCGCCCAAUGGCUACAUCACCCAGUGUCCAAACCUUAACCGUACCUGCCCAACUUGUAGUGAUUUCUUAAGCCUAGUGCAAGGCAUUAUGGACCUGCAGGAUCUCCUCGCCAAGAUGACCCUCAAGUUAAAUUACGCCGAGGCCAGGCUGACUCAGCUUGAGGGAUGUCACUGUGAGAAGACCUGCAGUGCAAACAACCUUGUCUACAGGGAUCAAGAGCUGUGGGUGGAGCCUGAAAAUUGCAGGAACUGUGCAUGUAAGAAUGGAGUGGUAGAAUGUCGCAGAAUUUUCUGUCCACCUACCAAUUGCUCAGAGGACUCAUUGCCAGUACAUAUGGAUGGGUCCUGCUGCAAGAAAUGCAGACCAAAAUGCAGUUACAUGGGACAGGUCUUUUCUGAGGGUCAGCAAUUUUUAUCCAGGAGCUGCAGGGAAUGCAAGAAUGGCCUGAUGAUAAAAGUUACAGAAACCUGUCCAGAGCUCAACUGUUCUCUCAGUGAGCAGAUACUAAGGGAUGGAAGAUGCUGCAAUGUUUGCCAAGGUUACGACUUCUGUGGAGAGGGGCUCAUCUGUGGAGAAAACUCAAUGUGUAAAAAUCGGGUUACCAAAGCAGAAUGUGAAUGCAAGAGUGGUUAUGCCUCCAUUCACGGGGAUUCUACUUACUGUGAAGAUAUUGAUGAAUGUACAACCCAGAUGCAUUACUGUCAGUCCAACACAGUCUGUGUCAACUUGCCUGGGAACCAUCGCUGUGACUGUUUGCCAGGCUUCACCCGAGUGGAUGAAUACUCCUGCACUGAGCGUGACGAGUGUGCCAGCAGCAAGAACUCAUGCGAUGAGAAUGCCAUCUGCACCAAUACCAUUCGAGGACACCUGUGUACCUGCAAGCCAGGCUAUGUUGGAAACGGUACCAUCUGCAGAGCUUUCUGUGAAGAGGGGUGCAGGAGCGGCGGGACUUGUGUGUCACCCAACACAUGUGUUUGCCGUUCAGGAUUCACAGGACAAUAUUGUGAGACAGAUAUCAACGAGUGUGCUGAGGGCCUGAUUGAGUGUCACAACCAUUCUCGCUGUGUCAACCUCCCUGGCUGGUACCACUGUGAAUGCAGAACUGGUUUCCAUGACAAUGGCUCAUAUCUGCUUGAUGGGAGUUCAUGCAUUGACGUCGAUGAGUGCAGCUUGCAGAAGCACACCUGCUGGAAUGAAAGUGUAUGUGUGAAUCUACCAGGGGGCUACGACUGUGUGUGCACAUCAGGUCCAGGCUGCACUGGGGACUGUCCACAGGAGGACGGCAUCAGGAGGAACAGGGAGGACUGGAAACCCAGCUAUGACAUCUGCACUAUUUGUUCAUGCAAGGAUGGGGAGACAUAUUGUAGAAGGAAACCAUGUGACUGUGGAGACCCGGAGGAAGAUCUGUUCUGCUGUCCAAGUUGUGACAACAGACCCAGCAGCCAGUGUUUGGAUCAGAGUGGCCGCACCCUCUACCGGAGUGGCGCGUCCUGGCUGUAUGGCUGCCAGCAGUGCCGCUGCAUGGAGGGCGAGGUGGACUGCUGGCCACUGGUUUGUCCUGUGCUGAUGUGUGAGUACACAGCAGUGGCAGAGGGUGAAUGCUGCCCACGUUGCAUCACAGACCCCUGCCUGGCUGACAGUCUGUCCUAUGACAUCGGACAAACAUGUCCGGACCACGCGGGCAUCGCUCGGCUCAGUGGGGACACGUGGCGGAUUCCCAAUUCACCUUGCACAAGCUGCAUGUGUAAAAAUGGAAACGUCUGCUGUUCGGUGGAUCUUGACUGCCUUCAGAACAACUGAAGCUCUGCUUCUUUUGAGUCCUUUCUCUCACUACCUUUCCGUACUCCUCCUGUUGCCACAGGGCCACCACGUCCACUCCUCGUUAAACAACUGAGCCCUUGUUUCUUUUGACAGACUUGCACGUUCAUGUGUAUGCCAGUGUGUACAUGGAAAACACAAUCACACACUGGUUGAGACAUUGAGUAUUUUCUCCACCUGUAACUCUGUUGGCGGGAUGUGACUGUGCGUAGCUUUGGAGGGGUCUAAGGUCGAAGCUACUCGCAUCCUUGUUGUACAUCUUUGGGAUUUUCUUCUGUUUAGCGAUUAUCUAUUAUCUUUUCAGCGCCAAACCAGAUACAAAUCACUGAGAGGUGUCAUUGAGAGUUUUAAGAACCUGCUAAUUAAGUCCAUGAGAGUUCUUAAAAGAUGUUGACGUUCUAUACAAGAUGUAAUGGAUCACCUUUGAAAGCAUCUUUUGCAAAAACAUCAUUUACUUUUAAUGAUGUUUAUCAACUGUGUUUUGUUCUGAAGUUUUGCAAUCAAGCACUGUAGACCAGUGUGGCCCGCCAAAACACAUUUUCUUUGCAAGGAAUCAAUCUGCUUAAAUUCAAGAUUUACAUGUAGCAAUAUUUAAGUUAAAAACAAACCCAGUGUUGGGAAAAGGGAGAGUCGCUUGGAUGUGAAGGGAUAAGGCUGCCGAUGGUAAUUGUCCAACAAAGUGGAAACAUUUUACAGCAAUAUCUCCAAGUUGACGUUCUGACUUUAGCCAUGCAAUACGAAGUUUUACCUCAAGGAGCAAUAGUGAGUCACUGUAGCUUCUCAUCAGCACUCACCUCAACAAAAGAGUGAACAAGAGAACAAACCCCAAAUUUAUUUUGAAAAUGAAUGUGGUGUUUCCGAUUGGGGGAAAAAAAAUACCACCAUUGCAUUUUAAUUGUCUUUUUAGUCAUAGCUUUUCUGCAGCAAUGAAAAUAUUAGCUAUGCAAAUGGAAAAAAAUAUAUAAAAAUAACAUGAUUAUUGAUAUUACUUGCAAGUUAACACGAGGCUCAAAUUGUAUGUUCUUAACAUGAAUCACAAUGUUUUUUGUUUAAACAAUUUCAAAAAUAGAAAGUAUGAAUUAUACAUUGCAACAUUGGGAAAUUUUAAAUACAAUGUGUACAUAUUUGUAAAAAUGUAUAUCCCCUCAAAACGUAAGUCUGAAUGGUCUGGGAUUUUUCGCACAGUAUUUGACAAUGAUAUGUCCGCAAAGUUGCUUAAGCCUACCCCAGGCUUGCAGGCCUUUUGAAGCCGGCGAGUUUUGGCCCUCUCAAUGGGGAGUGAGAUAUUCACGUUUUGGUCUGUAAUUCUUUCUUACGCUUCAGCGCUUCUCACUGAUAAAGUUCACUGUCAAAUAACUGCAUGUGAUUUCCACCGUGUAUUGAAGCAGUGUGAUGAUGUGGCACACAACGCUGUAGGCCGGCGGCAGCGGUAGACAUUGAUUAAAUUGCUGGAUAUCGAUGUUGGUCAAAUUGCUCUGUCGUAGCCAGGGCUGCCGAGCUUUUCACUUAUGUCACCCAUGCAAUGACAGCAAGACAUAAAAAGGGGAAAGAGAGAUAAUUAAAGCCCCCUUCGUCUGGAUUUGAGUAUGCCAGCAGGUCAUAGUGUGUCAAAUCUGCUUACAGACGGUCACAUUCAUUAAGACAGAAAAUGUCUGUGCUCUUUUUGCAACACUACAGAUGUUUUCACACCCCAUUUUCACUCAUGUCCUUUUCUCAAUCAUAUUGAUGUGAGUCUUGAGAGGACUUGUUUCCCCUAAGUGUCCCUUUCAUCACCCUUAGUCGAUCACUGUCAGUAAAAUUUGUUUUUCAGCCCCCCCUUCCCCAAGAAAUGAGAUGGAUUCUGAACACUAUCUGUGGUUUUUUGCAACUACAGCCCUUAAAAUGAAUUAAUUAUAUCAGGUUCUCUUGGACCACCCUACAGAACAUUUGGUUUGCCAGGCUCAGGUUUCUGUAAGAAGACAGCUACUGUAUUGAAGUAGCAGCAGUGCACCUUUUUCGCACAGUUGCACAAUGUAAUGAGGUUCGAUACAAAAGCUAUUUAUAGUCACAAUAAUGUUAUUCUCUUUCCAAAAAUAAUAACGCUCAGUUUUGAUUGUGUAGAUGAGUAGAGCACGAUUGCAUCAUGCUGAAAGAUGCUCUUGCACUUGCUCCAACUUAUGUCUACAACUCUGAGGGAAUCAAACCUUUGACAGUCAUAAAAUAACAGGCCCUUCUGAGCCUUUUGGCCUAUUUAGCUACAAUAAAGGAAUUAUUUCCCUAUAAAUAUAGACCCACUUCAGUCCGAUAUAACGCUGUACUACAAUUAUUAACAUUACAUUAAUACAUACCCCCGGAAUUAAACUGCUAAAAUGUAUGUUGAAAAUAUGCCAAAAUAUGAUGUUCAUAGUAUUUAUAUAGCAUUGGUUUGUGCAGGUGUACCUGGCUAGUAAGAUGAUUAGUUUAUGAACAGCAUUUUUUGCGACGUGGACAAAUUCAACCUAGCAAUUUCCAGAUAUGGUAUUUUGUUGUUGUUGUUCUUAUGAUUUUUAGAAACAAAGCUGGACAGAAUUGCAUGUGCAUUCAUCAAUUUGCAAAAUGUCCCUUCCUAUGACCUUCCCGUAUUGGACUUGUGAAACCUGAAGGGUCAUCUUGUGAUCGGCUGUGUCAUUGUGCCUCUGGAGGGGACGGCGGCACGCAGAGAGCUGCGCCACCGCUUUUAGUUUUCAGUCACGGUGACCUUGUCUCGUCCAGCAUCUAUUUGUAUCUCGUAGGAGCGUGUCUUCAUGUAUCUUCCUUCCCCACCAUCGCGUUUGUAAAACCGAAUUUGUUAACUGUGCAGAGUCAGCAUACAAAUGCAAAACAAGUGAUAUUCAUGGUAUCUGUUCUCAUUGACGUUAAACAGCAGUCAAAUGCAGACGUUUGUAAAAACAUCACUGAAAACCAUUUUCUUUUUUUUUUUGCCCACGCUGUUGAUUUAUUUGAUAUGAAAGAUCGAACAAAAAAUACAGUUAACAUAUUACAAGUCUGUGUAAAUGUUUUUACAUACUGACAAUAUAAUGAAAUUAUACAGUUUUCUAUUAAUAUUGUGCUCAUGCAUAAUGUGUUCCUUUUAGUGACUUUUUUUCUGUAUUAUUGCUCAUUUCACUGUAAAUAAAUUGUAAAGUGAAGGGGUGUGUAAAGAAUAUAGAGACUAAUGUGAAUAAUUCUCAUUAACUAGAGCUUCUUAGGAGUGUUUUGGGUCCAGUAUGAGAAGCAAGUUGUAGAUUGUUUUUAUUGCUAGUUAUUUUUCUAUGUUUGCCUUAACCCUUUUAGUAACUGCCAUAGUUUUUCUCUUCACUGCUUUAGGACAACUUUAUGGAUUAGACUAGUCUGUGUGCUUUUGUUCGAUUGACUACUCACUACACUGACAAGCCUGAUGGGAGACAUCUCUGUACGAUAAUCAGAAAAAAAUAGGACUGUGUACACAUACAAAAAGAAAGAAGAAAAAAAAUCAAAAUUCAGUGUUGAGGGAAAAGAAACAUUCUUGAGUCAUUUCCAUAACAAAACAUGCCAUUGUGUUGCUCUGUUAUGUCUAACUUAGGGGGAAAAAAAGAUAAAAAUAAAGAAGAAGAAAGAGCUUUUGGAGCUUCUCAAUCCUGAUCUGCUUCAUGUUUUUUGAUAGAUGAACACUGGAAAAAUUCACUCGGUGCAUUAACUGUUCUUGUACUCAAAGGGUUAAGUGUCAUUUGACUUGAAGACUGUGUUGUGAUGAGAGUUUGCUGUAAAACAUUCUGCCGUUAAUAAAUAUUUUAGUUGUUUA